AGUGCUUUUAUUGUGAAAUCACACACAGGAAGUCGCGUGAGUGCGGUUCUAAGCGCGAUGGAGAAGUUCUAGGUGGAUCGCACAGAAGCAGACAGGAUGAAGCCUUGAUCAGAAAUCGAAGUUGAGGACGUUAUCAUGGCUGUGAAGGCUCAGGUCCUGUACGACUUCACGGCUGAACCGGGAAACAACGAGCUGUCGGUCAGACAAGGAGAGACGCUCACUGUGCUUGACCAGACUGUGGGUGGAGGCUGGAUCGAAGCCCAGAACUCCAGUGGACAAACCGGACUGGUACCUGAGGGAUAUUUACAGGUCAGAGGCAGCGGUGGUGGUAGCGGCGAAAGAAGUGGAGACUCUUGGUCAGGGGGCGGGGCUUAUGUCAGCAACACACCAGAAGUAUGGGACGAUCAGGGACAUUCACACUCACAACAAGUGGUUGUCGAUGAUGAUGACGCCGAGUGGGAUGAUGACUGGGAUGUCGAGUCUGUGAGAGGUUACCGUGUAGACGAUCGGGUGGAUGAAGGUGCUGGGGCUUCAGGACGGAGCGCCCACAGUCCCUCCAUGAAGAUCUCCCUGAACAAGUUCUCUUUCUCAAAAGGUCCGAGCCCCGAAGUCUUCUUGUUAGCCAAACCUCCAGCCAACAGCAGUCUGCCUGUCUACAUGGGGGAAGUGGGUCCAGUCUGGCUCUACCCGCUGGCUCCUCUGGACUGUCUGAUCGCUGAUCCGAAGAAAGAAUCCAAACUGUAUGGACUGAAGAGCUUCAUCGAGUAUCAAAUCACCUCCAGUUCCACCAACAGACCUGUCAAUCAUCGCUACAAGCACUUUGAUUGGCUGUAUGAGCGUCUGCUGGAGAAGUUCGGCUCAGCUCUGCUCAUCCCCCCACUGCCUGACAAACAGGUGACAGGCCGCUUCGAGGACGACUUCAUCAGGAUGAGAAUGGAGCAGCUGCAGGCCUGGAUGACUCGAAUGUGUCACCACCCCGUCGUCUCUCAGAGCGAAGUUUUUCAGCUCUUCCUCACCUGCAGAGAUGAGAAGGAGUGGAAGGUGGGGAAGAGGAAGGCGGAGAAAGACGAGACGGUGGGACCGAUGAUCUUCAGUCUGGUUGAACCUGAAGCGCCGGAGCUCAGUCCUGCUGAGGUUGAACAGAAGUGUGAGCUCUACAGUCGGUUCACAAAGUCCAUGGAUGACGGAGUCAGAGAGCUGCUGAACGUCGGACACACACAUUGGAAACGCUGCAUCGGACCACUACCUAAAGAGUACAAGCGAAUUGGUCGAGCUCUCAGGAACCUGUCGACUGUCUUCAUCAGCAGCAGGUAUCCAGGAGAGGAGACGCUGACUGACGCUCUGACAGCUGCAGGACAAGCCUAUGAGGAGAUUGCAGAGAUGGUCGCACAACAGCCUCAGAAGGACCUUCACUUCCUGUUGGAGACAAACAGCGAGUACAAAGGCCUGCUGGGAUGUUUUCCAGAAAUCAUCACCAUACACAAGGCUGCAGUGGAAAAGGUGAAGGAAGCCGAUCGUCUGGUUUCUGCAGGAAAAAUCAGCAACAACGACAGGACGUGCAUGAACCAUCGAAUCAGCUGCAUGAGCUACGCGCUGCAGGCUGAGAUGAAUCAUUUCCAUAGCAAUCGUAUCUAUGACUACAACAGAGUGAUGCAGCUAUACCUGGAGCAGCAGGUGACCUUCUACCAGCAGAUUGCUGACAAGCUGAGAGGAGCUCUGAGGCAGUUCACCACACUGUGAGGAUGACAUCUUUGAUGACUUCACAGCCCGAUGACAUCGUUGUUACAUUUUAAUUAAAAAAGUUUUAAUGAAUGAACACAUUUCGAUUAUUAUUAACGUUUCAUAUUGUAUUUGACAUUGAAAUAACAAAACGCUUUGUGUUGUGAACACACUCGAAUUAUUAAUAAACUUGUCUUCAUUC